AAAAAAAAAAAACACGAAGCCAGACAAGCAGGCCAAGCCAAGAGCGCCGCGUCUGGGAGGCCUCCACCACCGCCGGCACCACCACCCUCGGCGCGCGCGCGCGGGGAUCGAUCCCUCCCAAACCUGCGCCUGCGCGCCCGGUAGUAGUAAACGCCGCAUCUGCGCUUACUGGGGUCCCGCCGAUCCGGCCGCCGCGUGGGGGUUUGGUUUGGUUUGGGCUGGGCUGGGUUGGUCCCUCCCCGAGGAUCCAUUUUUAGUUGGAUUCCCGGGUCCCUCCGCGGGGCUACUAGAUUCCCGGUGGGGAGGGGAUGGAUUUGGCGUCGGUCAACGAGGAGCUCGCCGAGAUCGACGGGCAGAUCGCCGACAUCUUCCGCGCAUUGCAAAAUGGGUUCCAGAAGCUCGACAAGAUCAAGGAUGCCAACCGCCGGAGCAGGCAGCUCGAAGAGCUUACUGACAAGAUGCGGGACUGCAAAAGGCUUAUCAAAGACUUUGAACGAGUUGUCAAGGAUGAGGCGGGCAGUGUUGAUCCCAACACUGCUAAAUUUCUGAACGAGAGAAAGCAGUCACUGAUCAAGGAAUUGAACUCUUAUGUUGCUCUGAAGAAACAACAUGCAAGUGAUAAUAAGCGAGUUGAUCUUUUUGAUGCUCCAAGUGGUGAAGAUGCCUUUGGUGAAGAAAAUGUCCUGUUAGCAUCAAAUAUGUCAAACCAGCAGCUAAUGCAGCAUGGAGACAAUCUAAUGGAUGAGACUGAUCAAGCACUCGCACGAUCUAAACAGACUGUCCAAGAGACGAUCAAUGUGGGUACGGAAACCGCAGCUGCUCUCAAAGCACAGACAGAGCAAAUGAGCAGGGUUGUUAAUGAGCUGGAUUCCAUUCAUUUCUCCAUGAAAAAGGCAUCAAAAUUGGUGAAAGAAAUUGGUAGGCAGGUUGCAACUGAUCGCUGCAUCAUGGGCUUGCUUUUUCUCAUUGUCGCUGGAGUCAUAGCUGUAAUCAUUGUUAAGAUUGUGAACCCACACAACAAGGACAUUCCUGACCUCCCCGGGCUCGCUCCACCGGUCAGCAGAAGGCUGUUGUCCAUUGUAGAGAACAAGUGAGUGUCCACACAACACAAGUGUAAAAUACCCGAUGAGGCGCCGUGUGCGGUCGCUUGGAAGUUCCUUGAAUCAUAUCGCGCACACUGUUGUAAACUUGUAAUGCUGCCGUACCAUCCCAUGGGACCCGUGCGCAAAACCGAAGCUUGACAAACCACUGUAGAAUUGUGCUAUGUUGUUAUUCUCUUGACAAGCGGGCAGGUUUGUUUCUGGCAAGGACCAUAUGUUCCCUGUGAAAACAUUGGCAUCUGUAUACUUUACACAGACAUCUGGAAUCAUGGGAGUGAGACACACAUACUUGAAUUUUGCAAAUAACAUUUGAGAUUGUGCUGUUA